UCCUCUGCAGUUUUGUUGUUGAUUCAUACGUUGCCUUGUAUGGGAUUAAACUCUGUAAUUCUGUGACGUCAACAUGCAGUGUUGUUUUCCUGGUGGCCGCACGUCGCCCGCUGAGAGGACCUGGGAUCCAGAGGAAGAGAGAGAGCCAAACUUUUUUCCAAAGUUAAUUUAUAAAUUAUUCUUCCUUAAUACUGCCUUUGUUUGCUAGCGGUAGCUGCCUCCACAGCCACAGUGAAGUUGCUCCCGGAGCUUUUAGGAUGCAGAGUUUUGACCACAGGUGGCGUAAACUUUUGACCUGUGAGUCCUGAAAUCUCCCAUGAUGCUCCUCUGCAGCAUGACGGUCCAGCUGUGGUGCCUGUCGUUCCGGCAGCCGUAUGCCGGUCUGGUUCUGGACGGGGUGAAGACCGUGGAGAGCCGCUGGCGCCCCCUGCUGGCGCCGCUGGAGAACUGCACCCUGGCGGUCCACAUCGCCCGGCGGGACUGGGACGGGGAGGAGUGGAGGGCGGUGUUGGGCGGAGCCUGGGGGCUGAGCGCCGCCGGCGUCCAGGAGCUGCUGGAGUCUGGGGAACGCUUCAGCCGCGGCGUGGUGGCAGGCCUGGUGGAUGUGGGCGGGACCUGGCAGUGCCCCGCCUCCCUGCCAGAGGUGGAGUUAGCGGAGCUGCAGCGGUCGGCCGUUCUGAUUGGUCUAGAGCAGAAGCACCUGACCCGGCUGUCCAAUCCCCGCUGGCUGAAGGGGCCCCUAAAGGCCCCUGGGGGUCGCGACCUCUGGACCGUGGAGAUUCCCGCGGAGCUGUUGCCAUGACAACGCUGGCAGUAACGUGCUAGUAACAUCAGGGUCACCACUGGUCUCCAUGGCAACAGAAAUCUGCUGAGACCCAGCUUCCUGUGUAAGCUCCGACCCUGACCAGUCGGACCGGAACCCGUCUGUCUGGUUCCGGUCCGACGUCAGCUUCCAUCAUGUUUGUAAAUAUUCUGUGUUCAUUUUUGUAAUCAAUAAAUUUCUACUGGUUGAAAAUA